AUGGCACCACCCUCUGCUCACUGCCUCCUUCUGAUCAGUGUCCUGGGUCUCUUUGCAUUUGGCCAUUUCACAAAAGGUUGGAAGAACAGCACUCUGAUUUUCACAAAGGAAAAUACCAUUCGGAACUGCAGCUGCCCUGCAGACAUCCAAGACUGUGACUAUAGUUUGGCCAACCUAAUGUGCAGCUGUAAAACCGUUCUGCCGUUUUCAGUAGAGGAUACCAACUACCAUGGCCAUCUCACCAUCUGGUUCACAGACACAUCUACACUGGGCCUCCUGCUGAACUUCACCCUGGUCCAGGACCUAAAGCUUUCUCUGUGCAGUACAAACACUCUCCCCACUGAAUACUUGGCUAUUUGGGGUCUGAAGAGGCUUCGCAUCAACAUGGAAGCCAAGCAUCCAUUAUCAGAGCAGAGCUUACUCAUCCACAAUAGUGGAGAGAGUGAGUACAAAGAGAAGUCCGUGUCGUUGCACAAAGACUGGCAAACAUGUAUGUAUAUCUCAUUCUUAGAUAUGGCUCUUUUCAACAGGGAAUCACCCUUAAAGUCAUAUAGUAUUGAAAAUGUUGCUAACAUCACCAACAACUUUCCUUACUUUUCUUACUUUAAAACUGUCCAGAUUCCAGGCAACAAAAGCUAG